AGCCGCUUCAGUUGGUGAGCAACUUUCGAAGGCAACGCACGUGGAUUUCGGUAUCGCAUUCGGUUUCGUUAUUUCGGUUCCGAGGCGUGAGAAUAUAUCUCAAUCUGUUUAAAUAAAAUAUUAGCAUUUACCGGGUCGCCAGCUAGAAAUCCUCAAGAUGACGGACGAAGUGCCCGCCAAAGGCAGCGUUUUGGGCAAACUUGUGCCCGCCCGCUAUGUGUUGGCUCUCCUGGGAUCCAUUGGCAUGGCCAUUGUCUAUGGACUAAAAGUUAAUCUCAGUGUCGCCAUGGUGGCCAUGUUGAAUCACACGGCUAUCAAGGCCCACGGCGAUGUUGGAGGACAUGGUGGAGGCAGCAUAACCCUCUCGAAUGUCUCCCAAGUGUCCCUGGUGGAGGAGUGCCACCCGCCGGGUGGAGUGCCGUCUCCUGUCAACGGAACAACGGCUAAGGUCGAGGAUGGACCCUUCGACUGGAGCGAACCCCUGCAGGGAACCCUGCUGAGCUGCUACUUCUGGGGCUAUUUCGUCUCUCAGAUUCCCCUGGCCCACGUGGCCGAGAACUUCUCCGCCAAGUGGGUGAUGCUCUUCUCGGUGGCCAUCAAUGUGGUGUGCACACUGCUGACUCCGGUGUUCACCAAUUUGCAUUACGGUGGCUUGAUCCUGAUGCGAGUCCUGGAGGGCGUCGGCGGAGGAGCCUCCUUCCCGGCCAUGCACGUGAUGAUCGCCUCCUGGGCUCCGCCCACCGAGCGCAUGGUCAUGUCCACCAUCAUCUAUGUGGGCACCUCGGCGGGCACUGCUCUGUCCAUCCUCCUGGCCGGCGUUUGCUCCGCCCAAUGGGGCUGGGAGUCGGUGUUCUAUGUGAUGGGUGCCCUCAGCUGCAUCUGGAUGUUGCUGUGGGUCAUCUUGGUCCAGGACAACCCGAACAAGCAGCGCUUCAUUAGCCCCGAGGAGCGGCAAAUGAUCACCAGUUCGCUGGGCACGGAGACGAAAACGGAGCACCAUCCCUCUGUUCCAUGGGUCAAGGUCUUCAAGUCCAUUCCCUUCUGGGCCAUCCUGAUUGCCCACACGUGUAGCAACUUCGGCUGGUACAUGUUCCUCAUCGAGAUUCCGUUCUACAUGAAGCAAGUCCUCAAGUUUAACGUGGCCAGCAAUGCGGCUCUCAGUGCUCUGCCCUACUUCCCCAUGAUCAUCUUCAGCAUUUGCCUCGGAAAGCUCUUGGACAGUCUGCAGGCUAAGGGUAAAAUCAGCACCACCGUUGCCCGCAAGACGGCCACCUCCAUUUGCACCCUGAUCCCUGGAGUUUGUCUACUGGUUCUGUGCUACAUUGGAUGCCGUCACUACGAAGCGGUGGCCGUCAUGUCCGUUGGCAUCGUGGCCAUGGGUUCCAUGUUCUCCGGCUUCCUGUCCAAUCACAUCGAUAUUGCCCCGAAUUUUGCCGGUACUUUGGUGGCUCUGACCAACACGGCGGCUACUUUGCCUGGUAUUAUAGUGCCCCUCUUCGUGGGAUUCGUUACCAAGGGAAAUCAAAACAUUGGAGCCUGGCGCAUCAUCUUCGGAGUGACCAUUGUCCUGUUCGCUAUUGAGUUCCUCGUAUUUGUCUUUUUGGGUUCUGGUAGCGAGCAGCCGUGGAAUAAGUCGGGAAGCCCCAAGGAUCCCGAGGCCAAGGAUGAAAAGACUCCGUUGAAGGAGCUCGCCCCCACCAAGCCCUAAAUCGCUAAUCUCGCUUGAUUUCCCUGCCUAAAUUACUCGAAGAAAUGCUGCUUAUUCAGAUAACUUUUGGACGAAGCAUGCACCACAUGAAAUGGUCGACACUGGACUGUAAAUACCAAAAUUACAAUUAUGC